UCAGUUUUGAAAUGGCCCCUGAGCAACCGCGAAGUGUUUCAUACGUGUGGCUGCAUAUGUUUUGAAAGAUGCUUACCGCGUUAGUCAUGGGCAUGUUUAAUAAAUACACGGAAUCCCUGAGCUCAACAACGCAGUUCCAGGAAGACUGCUUGUGUUCGACGUGAUCCCAUAGGGCUACGUUUAAAAUCGUCCUAAAACGAGUUUUUGCAUGAUGGACGACUGGGAGCGGCAAGAAACUUCUGCAGGCAUUCCUUAUUACGUCAAUCAUCGACAAGAAAAGACACAAUGGGACCAUCCUGAGAUGGUGCAGAUGACCGGGAAGCUGACCUCGUACAACGACAUCAAAUAUGCUGCAUAUCGCACAGGGGCCAAACUUAUCUUUCUGCAGAAGGAAUUACUCUUUAGCAACAUUCACGUGUCAAUGCUGAACGGUGCAUUUGAACCCCACGGACUGGAAGGUGUUGGUCAGCACGAACUCCUCCUUGGCUGUACUCAGGUGGAAGACCUUUUAGCGGAUCUAUUCCGGAGAGCUCCAGGUGUUCAUCAGCAGAAAGUACCACUUCUCGCCUCUCUGGCACUCAACCUGCUUCAGAACGUAUUUGAUCCCAAAAGGAAAGGGACCAUGACAGUUUUGCAGGUGAAAACAGCACUGUUUGUGUUUUGUGCAGGAAGACUUCUUGACAAGCUGAAAUAUAUCUGCGGCGAAUUACAAGAUGGAAACCACCGCAUCUCGCACGAAGAAAUGGAGAACUUUCUGCGGAAUAUUUCCAGGAUUCCAGAAUUCCUGGGAGAAAAGCUGUCUUUCGGUUCUCAUUUUGUUCCUGCUGCAGUAGAAAGUAUUUGCAAGUUAACGUCACUGCCAACCAUUCCUGAUGACGUAUUCCUAAACUGGCUUCUUAAAGAGCCACAAAACCUGGUUUGGAUCUCCACGUUUUACCGCAUGAGGUCAACCGAAAAUGUUGCACAUCCCAUGAAGUGUGGCGCUUGCAAAACACAUCCAAUUAUUGGCUUAAGGUACCAGUGCCUGCAGUGUCUCAACUAUGACCUGUGUCAGAACUGCUUUCUUCAUGGCAUCGUUACCAAGAACCACUCUAUCAAGCAUCGUAUGCAAGAACACUGCCAACAGACAUCUUCUUGGGAGCGAAUGAAAUCUGUCUUGAAGACUCUUAGCCUGAAGAUCCAGCGCUGGAAGCGAGAACCACGUCCCAGUUACUUGCCGCUCCAGGCUAGUGCCGAACCAAAGUCAAUAACCCAAAAAAGUCCAAAGGAUUACAAGCAGGAGUACAAGAGGAAGCACGAUGAACCUGUCAAGCCAACAGCGAAUGGGAAUCAUCAUCCCAACGCAUUAGACACCCUUCACCAGCAGGAAUUAGAGAGUAUAAUAGAAAGACUGGAGAGGGAAAACAGGAAUCUUGCAAGAGAGGUCAUGAUGAACCAAGAGGGAGGAAGCACGCCAAAAGCACCUCCGCCAUCGUCACCAGUCAGGCCACGAUACCUGCAUCAGCACCUGGUUCAAGUCGAUUCACAGUUGAAGAGGAUGCGAUCACUUCUGCAGCACUUACUACAAAACGGUGGCACAGCUGAUGGUGUCGUCGUCCAGAACGGUGCAACCCCGCACAGUGGAAACGAUGCUCCUCCUGCGUGGCUUCAGAGUACGCCAGCAAAUGGGAACUGCGCUCCAGCCAUCGACCGCUUCCUGGAGAUUCACAAGGGGCUGAAGGCAUUGGAUGCAUCUCCCUCCCCUCCAGUCUCAAACUCCUGGGACCCCCAGCCUGCUCCUGAUGUGGCCGGAGGAGGAGGAGAUUCUGACUUUCCUCCUCCCCCGUCACCCAUCGUUCGUCGGACAAACGGUUCUCUCCGGAGUAAUGGGAGCGUCAGGCAAACAACAUUGUCCGACAACUCUGCCAAGGAAUGUACCUUUGGUGAUCUCACGCGCCCAUUCCCAUCGGCAUACGUGCAACAUGAGGACAGUCCAGCCCUGCAGAAGCCCUUCCAUUCUCUUCGGGACCAUCCAUUGGACGGCGAACUGGAGAGCAUUCUUCGCCAGCUAGACGACUUGCUUUCAGAGCCCAAACCAGGUUACAACUCUGCUGUCAAGAACAACGUGCGAGAAACCGUCACUCACGUGCAGCAGGUCAUGGAUCGCAUGAAGCAAGGUUCCUGAAGCUGUUUGUAAUUAAUACAUCAGAAACAGCGAUCGCCUUGGCAACAAAGUGCGAGAAGUGCUUGAUAUUGUGUGAGAGAGAAUUCUGUUCAUAUGGCUUAUUGUUAUUAUGCAGCUUGCUGGCAUCAGAGUGUGUGAUUGUUUCACGGACACUUUUUGUAUGGGCGACAUGUAUGUAUGUGCUCAGGGCCGGUGCUAAGGGUGUGAGGGAAAGGUGUAAGGGGUGUAAGGGCCUGAGGCAAAGGCACAUCGCGGGACCUGUUUGACACGAUUAAGUGCAUACUUGAUAUUUUAAAAAAAAGUAAUCCCUGGUUGAGGGCUUCGUGCGCGGGGCCUAUGCGAGCACGGGGCUUAAGGCGGUCACCUUACUUGCCCCCUCCCCCCUAUUGCCGGCCCUGUAUGUGCUUAGCUUGUUGAAGAGUACCUCGGAGAAGUCAAUAUUUUCUUAGGAACACAUUACACUUGUCUUCGUUGCUUUGUAUUCUGUGCACAAUACGGUCGAGUCAAGCUGUUCGCUUAGCUGUUGUCAUACAUUUUUUUUUUUACUAUGGCACCAAGUGCUUGUGCUGGAUUGUGCAGUACAUGUGCUUUGAGCUGGAAGAGAGAUGGAAAGAAAGAAUUUGCAGUAAAAAAUGGCGCAUAAACGGUGUACAAAAGGACUGUACGUGCUGAACUUAGAUGGUGAUAUGAUCCACAAAAACUGAACAAGAAGCCAUUGUUCCGUCCAUUGUGAUGAAAAUAAAAUCUAGAAAGUGCGUAGUUUUAAGUUACUCUCAGCUUUGACAUACCUGUACUUAAUUUAAUUCGUAUAUGGUUCGGUACCACCACGUUGUAAGUGGGCUCGUAGAAUGCUGCGUGUAGAAUUGCAUGUUAUGGUUCUUGCAGCAAGCAAACUUGUCACAAAUGCAGCGAAAACAUGCAUACUACUGUAAGGAAAGGUAACGCCAAAACCUGCAGUGGUGGUGUGAAUAGAACUUACAAAAUUGCACCAGAAUAAUAUUAAUUAUGAAAAGUAUUUUUGGUUUGGGGGAACUUUGUUCAAAGCACAUUGUUUCUUUUUACUCAUGCUACAUGGUAAAUUGUAGCUGAAACUGUUCACUGAGCAACAAUCAACUGACAUUCAAGUGCUCUUAUAAUUGUGUAGCAGAACUGGUGCCAUGCUCUUUGUAAUUUGUGACAAAUUGAGAAGUGUAUAUUAAUAAAUGGUGUGCUGGC